AUGGAGACGAUGCAGCAGCUCAUUGACUCCUCCUAUAAGAUGACGGAGGAGGACGUGAAGAGGCUGAUUGAGUUCAGAGCUUCUAACGAGGCUUUGUUUACCGGGAAGAGAAACUCUGCUAAGAUAGCCUGGAGCACGAUCCUGAGGGGUCUGGGUCUGGAGGGGAAGCUGACCCCCGACCAGAUCGCCAAGAAGUGGGACAACCUGCGCACCAAGUACAAGGACCUGAAGCAGCCGUACCAGGGUCAGGAGCACCUGGGUGCGGUGGUGGAGUCGUGGCCUUGGUUCCACAUCAUGGAUGAAGCCAUGCAGGGCCGUCUCUACAACAGCAACCUGGUGCUGAGCCCUGACGGCGCCUGCGGUCACCGUGGUAACAGCCAGCCCAACCAGAACCAGGACCAGAACACCGACAUCCUGGAGUUCCUCAUCAAGACGGAGAUGGAGGACUCGGUGGCGGUGGAGGCCGUCGAGGAUCACGGAGUGAUUCAGGCGGAGGUCCCGCCCACAGAGGGAGUCCCGAUGGGCUGGAGGAGGAUGAGCGAGUGCUCCUAUAAGAUGUCCGAACAGGAAACGGAGAGAAUGAUCAAACUGAGAGCAGCUAACGAGGCGCUGUUCACCGGCAGGAAGAACUCAGCCAAACCAGCCUGGAGAGCCAUCCUGUAUGAGCUGGGCCUGCAGGGGAAACUGACCACAGAGCAGCUCGCUAAGAAAUGGGACAACCUGAAGAGAAGAUACAAGGAGUUGAAGUUUCCAGCUCGUGGUGUAGAGACCAACCCGAGCUCGUGGCCGUGGUUUUACCGUAUGAACGACGCCAUGGAAGGCCGCUUUGCCGCCGUGGCGCCGAUCCUCAUGCCCAUCGUGGAGGACGAGGACGAGGAAUGCGAGCCGCUGUCGCCGACGCCGAAGAAAAGAGCACGUCGGAGCCGGGGGGGGAUGGCCGAGUUCCUGACGGAGACUGAGAUGGAUAUGCUGGUCGACACCGACGAAAAGAACGGAGCGCCGAGCCUCGGAGAGAUGCAGCGCCUCAACGAGCUCACCUACAAACUGACAGAAGAAGACACUCGCAGACUAAUCGAGCUGAGAGCUGCUAACGAGGCUCUGUUCACUGGCAGGAGGAACACGGCCAAACCAGCCUGGAGGGGCAUAGUGAAGGAGAUGGGUCUCACAGGGAGGAUCACACCUGACCAGGUGGCGAAGAAGUGGGACAACCUGAAGACCAAGUUCAAGGACCUGAAGUUCCCCCCCCGAGGGAUGGAGGGGCAGACCAACCCCGCCUCCUGGCCCUGGUUCCAGCUGAUGAGCGACGCUCUGGAGGGCCGUCUGGCGGAGAAAGCUCCGCGUGUGAUUCCCGUGUGGACCAACGAGGAGGACGGCGUGUACGUCUCGUCGCCCCCCCGCGCCCCCGACAGAGACUGUCUGAUGGAGCAGAGGAGCAGCGUGUCGGAGCUGGACAGCAUGGUGGGAGGAGAGCACCCCGAGGUCGACGGGGCAAUCGUGUACAUCGACGCCAGCGGGGAGGAAUGCUUGACGCCAUCAGACCUGUCCUACAAGAUGACGGAUCAGGACACGCGCAGGAUGAUUAAACUACGAGCUGCUAACGAGGCGUUAUUCACAGGAAGGAGAAACGCUGCCAAAGCUGCCUGGAAAGCCAUCCUGAAGGAACUCGGGCUGCAGGGAAAAGUUUCGACCUAUCAGAUGGCGAAGAAAUGGGACAAUCUGAAGAGGAGAUACAAGGACCUGAAGUAUCCUCCGGUGGGGAUGGAGAGUGUUGCAGACGGCGCCUCCUCCUGGCCGUGGUUCCACCUGAUGAAUGACGCCAUGGAGGGUCGGCUGGCGAGCAGCGCCCCCCUCCUCACCCCCGUCACCCAGGACGACGAGCAACAUCCCGACCCCACCCCGAGACGUCCCCGCCUGGCCCCUCCCCUCUCCUCCUCCUCGGAGUACGGUCAGGAGGCGUUCAGUGACGGCGCCGAGCAGAGCCAGCGGAGCUCGGAGGACGGGCCGCUGGGAGGCCUGGAGAGAGAGUGGGAGGUGGUGGAGAGGGAGCGGGCGGCGCUGGAGCGAGAGAGGGAGGUGGUGGAGAGGGAACGGGCGGCCGUGGAGAGGGAGCGGGCUGCGGUGCAGGCGGAGAGGCUGUGGCUGGACCGGGAGCGAGCGGCGGUGGAGCAGGAUAGAUCCAUGGUGGAGCAGGAGAGGGCGGCGCUGGGGAGGGAGAGGGAGGUGCUGGACCAGAGAGCCCUGAUGCUCAACUCUGUCGGCCACACCAUGAUGUAGACGCCACGCUCCAGGACAUAGACCGCCCCCACGCUCCAGGACAAAGACUUCCCCCAUGCUCCAGGACAAAGACUUCCCCCAUGCUCCAGGACAAAGACUUCCCCCAUGUUCCAGGACAUAGAUGGCCCCCAUGCUCCAGGAUAUAUACUUCCCCCAUGCUCCAGGACAAAGACUUCCCCCAUGCUCCAGGACAAAGACUUCCCCCAUGUUCCAGGACAUAGAUGGCCCCCAUGCUCCAGGAUAUAUACUUCCCCCAUGCUCCAGGACAAAGACUUCCCCCAUGCUCCAGGACAAAGACUUCCCCCAUGUUCCAGGACAUAGAUGGCCCCCAUGCUCCAGGAUAAAGACUUCCCCCAUGCUCCAGGACAAAGACUUCCCCCAUGCUCCAGGACAAAGACUUCCCCCAUGCUCCAGGAUAUAUACUUCCCCCAUGCUCCAGGACAUAGAUGGCCCCCAUGCUCCAGGACAAAGACUUCCCCCACGCUCCAGGACAUAGGCGGCCCCCACGCUCCAGGACAUAGACGGCCCCCACGCUCCAGGACAAAGACUUCCCCCAUGCUCCAGGACAAAGACUUCCCCCAUGCUCCAGGACAUAGACGGCCCCCAUGCUCCAGGACAAAGACUUCCCCCAUGCUCCAGGACAUAGAUGGCCCCCAUGCUCCAGGAUAAAGACUUCCCCCACGCUCCAGGACAUAGGCGGCCGCC